AGUUAGUAACUCCGCGGCUCCCGUACAAAUCGCUCUUACAUUUUGAUUGGAAGUCCAUCGUUAUGAUGAUGGUACCUUAAAAUAACUUGACAUCUUAACUCGAAGCCAUUAAACUCCGAUCUGUCCGUCAGUCAGCCAGUCCGCCUGUCCAGUAUCCAAGAGUGCAUUUUUUAAAAGUUUCCAAACAAAUCUCCCCUAAUACUCUUCUAUAGUUUUAAAAAAAAGUUUUUCUGCAAAAAAGUUUUGUUGUUUUUGGUUCUGUUUGAUUCGUGCGUCGCGUCGUCGUCUUGAAUGGAAAAAAAUUGCAUCGCCGCCGCGGCAACUUUCGGUACAUAAAACAAAAAAGUAUAAAAUAUUUAUCCGUAUCUACUUUUUGUAGGUAAUCUGUUUUCAAAGAAGCUAUAACAGCAUUUGCUCGUAUUGUGUUGAAACGAGGCGAGAUUUCGAAACUAAUGUAAAAGAUACUCUGUGCGCGAAAGUCUGUCUACCACAAGUUCCGUGGAAACGGAGGAGAUACGAGAGUGAUGGUCAAUUUUGUUUAAGAACCGUCAAGUGAUUGUCUUUGUUUUAUCAUUAUUACACUAAAGUUCUACGUCAAACUUGCUACAACCAAACAAGUUUGAGCGGAAUAUACUCUGAAGCAAGUGAAAGUCAACCAAGUUCGGCAGCUUAAACGCCGAAUAAUCAAACAUCCAAACCGCCAAUACACUACUUCGCGUCGUCGCUCCACGCCGCCGUGCGUUGCAACCGCUAUACUCUUCGACUCUGCGUGAAAGUGACACUUUCAUUUUUAAAGUACCUACCACAUCACUCGGAUCGUCUGUGUUAUUUUUGUUUGUUUACAUUUUAAAACGUCAAACUAAAAGAAGAUGAAUCUAAUAUCUGUGUAUCUUUUACUUACACUUCAAAGUCAAUCAAUGGUGUGAAUUUUGUAUUUACAAGCGAUAACUCACCGGGUAAUAUAUCAAUCGAAAAAAAAAUUGAAAAGCUUUUAUUUGCCUGCAAUUAACAUCAUCAUACAACAUUUUGUUUAUUUUUGUUUCGAAAACGAAAGUUUGAAUUAUAUAAUAUCUCCAAAUAAUGCCAACCAAUGAUAUACGAGUACACUCGGGCGUAUACUUAACUAUAUUAUUGCUUAUUCGAUGCAAAGUAAAAUAAUAAUUAUUAUUUUGCAGAGAAUCGUUUUGUUGCUGAUAAAAACAAAAUCAAAAAUAAAAAAAAAUAUGCACAUAACUUUGAUGAAAUAAAACUUAAAAGGCUUAAUUCAUUGUUUAAAGAUGCACGGAACAAUAAUAAUCGUGGUAUUGAUCGCGUGCCUUGUGGUACAAUCACUAAGUGCAGAUUUUAACUUUAAAUGGCGAAAACCUCAAAGAGAAGCCUUAGACGAAAUCAACGACAAAGAGCUUUUGAAAGCUGUUCAAGAUUCAGUUAAGGAAUGGGAAUUAAAUAAGAAAACACACCAUAGGAAAAAGAGGGCAGUUAAAAGAGUAUGCUAUAACGAUGUAGGAUGUUUCGAUGACUCUGGACCAUUUAGUUAUUUGGAAAUGUUGCCUUCAUCCCCAGAAGAAAUAAAUACAAGUUUUUACUUCUAUUCAACUAAAAAUAGGAGUGAACAGCCUCUGAUGGAAAUUCCGUUUGUCAAUAUGACGUCAAUGUUUGCUAAACAGAAUCAAACCAAUAUAAAUAUGACGAGUGACACAACGACACCACUAACCAAGUCGACUUUUACCCUUGACAAUUUGCGUGGGCUAGAAGACUUAUCCAUCCGCGUUAUAGUUCACGGUUUUGGGUCAGCAUGUCCCCAUGUUUGGAUCUACGAGAUGAAAACCGCUUUAAUGGCUGUUGAAGAUUGUAUCGUUAUAUGCGUCGAUUGGGCAAGCGGAUCAACGUUUCCGAAUUACGUAAAAGCAGCUGCAAAUACGAGACUUGUUGGGAAACAAGUUGCAAUGCUUAUAAACAACCUCAAGGAGCACAAUGGCUUGGAUCUAGCCAAGACACAUCUAAUUGGAUUCAGUUUAGGUGCUCAUGUCUCUGGAUUUGCCGGAGCCGAAUUACCAGGCUUGAGUCGAAUAACUGGAUUAGAUCCAGCGGGACCACUUUUUGAAGCCCAGCACCCCAAGGUGCGUUUGGAUAGCACCGAUGCUAACUUUGUCGAUGUUAUUCAUUCGAAUGGCGAAAAUCUCAUUUUGGGUGGACUGGGUUCCUGGCAGCCAAUGGGGGAUGUAGACUUCUAUCCGAAUGGGGGUAGAGUUCAAAAUGGAUGUUCGAAUUUAUUUGUUGGCGCUGUGACGGAUUUCAUUUGGUCUCAGAAUGUAGAAGAUGAGGAAGGUCGAUCAUUGUGCAAUCAUCGACGAGCCUAUAAAUUCUUUAUUGAUUCGGUGGCUCCGAGAUGUCAAUUUCCGGCAUUCCCAUGUAACAGCUAUGACAAUUUUUUGAAUGGAAAUUGUUUCCCUUGUUCGAAAUACGAAACAAAUGCCACAAGUAAUGGAGCGAAAUGUGGUAACAUGGGCUAUUACGCAGAUCGAUCGACUGGACGCGGGCAAUUAUACUUGUUGACUCGUGAAGAAGAGCCAUUUUGUGCGCAUCAGUUCCAAAUUCAGAUCUUCAAUUCGUUUAAUGACCUUCCAUUGAGAACCAUUGGGCGCAUUGAAGCCACUCUCGAGGGAGAGGGUGGUCUUAAUGAAACUUUCCGUAUAUCUGAAAAAGAAGAUACUGAAUUCUUUGCUGGAGAUAUUGUGUCAAAAAUAAUAGUUCCUCAUCCGGCAUUAGGCUUUCCUACAAGUCUAAGCCUUCAAUACAAAUCCUACAGUGGUUGGUUGUCGAAAGGAUUGCCACAUUGGGAUAUUGAUAAGAUCGUUUUGACUGAUAGUUUUGGAAGAAGUCAUUCCUAUUGCAAACCUCAGGUUAAGUUGUCAUCAGGCAGUCCCGUGCAUUUCAAACUUGAUCCAGGAAAUUGUGAAAUACCUAACGAGGAGGAUUAUGGUACCUAUAUAUCCGAGGAUACCACAGAAAGGAUAUCAACUGAAGGUCCGCAUUAUCCAGAUGCCGUAGAGGCAAUUAAGAGAAGAAAAGAUGAAGUAAUUCUUAAAGCUCUAAAAGAUAUCAACAAAACUGAAAAAUUCAACGACACCACUGAAGGCCCAUGGCAUUCAAUUUUGGAGGGCAAUUCUCUUGACAAAGAAGCCACCGAGACGAGUCGAAGCUUAUCGGAAAUAUUCGAACCAAUUUUGAAGGAUCCACGUUCAGUUGUUAGCAGUGGACGAAAAAUGCAAUCCGAUGAUGUACCUGAUGAAAUAGUUGAGCCCCUUCUGCGAUCUACUACGCCACGUCAACGAGUGAAAACCUCAACUGAUGGUUCGAGAUCGAAUAAAGAUAUUAUUGUCAACACUCCAGAAACAAUGACAGUUCAGCUCUUACCUUUUAGACUAAGUGAAUUACUUGAACGAGCUGAAAGAUACGCUAGAGAAACACUUCUUCCCCUCAUAUCAAUUCAAGCCCCUAAGUUUUUUAAUUUAGGCUUUAAAGAAGAAGAAGGUAGGGACGAACGAAAGCCCAGAUAUAUUCCCCGCAUUGAAGAAGAAAAAUUCCGCCGUCAGCUAAACGCAACUAAUUCUUCGAAGAAAAAAAACAAAAUUUACAACUUAGUACCUGCAGAAACUGAAACCCAUCAAAAUAUAUUCGACUUUAUGCGUGCAAAGCCAAACAGAGAUUCAACACAAUCCUCCAAUGAGGUGUCAUACUAUGCCAACGACUUGACAGAAUCACGAGCCCUUAAACCUCUUGACGAGGUACGUGAACUUGUGCAUAUUGAUCUUCCAACAUAUAGGCCUACCACAAUAAGAAAAACUUCUGAUCGAAGAAAAAGUUUGCAACGAAAUUAGAGUAUUCUUUUGUAAGUUCUAGAGAUUCUGUUUUUCGAGCUCCGAAAGCGAAAAAAAGACCAUAACUCUUUGUUAAGAAGUUUUAUUUCUUAAACAAAAACACAAUAAACUUUUCUAGUCCAGCAACAGAGGGAUAUGGCAUGUUGCAUUGAUUUUUCUAUCCAAAUUAAAUUCAAGAUACUAUGGUCGUUAUAAAUUAAGUUUUAAACUUUUAUUAUUACAUAAAUAUUAUUAUAUUUUAACAUUCAUUCCAUUAAUUAUUUAUAGACUAUAAUUUAUGUGCAAAAAAAAAUCAAAUGAAAAUUACAAAAUAAAGAAA